UAUCCACUCCUCUAUACCCUCUAUCCUCCUCCACCCCACAGUCCUCUCUACUCUCCAUCAUUCAAUCCUUCAAACCUUCAUUUGUCUUUAUGCCCUCCAUCCCUCUAUGACUUUUCCAACUCCCCCUCUUUCUCAUUGGGCAUUCCUGCAAGAUGACCAACCUGCCUCCUUUUCGCUCCUUUCUCUCCUCCUCGCUUCCCCCUUUCUUUCCCUCACACGCCACACACACACACACACACACACACACACACACACACACACACACACACACACACACACACACACACACACACACACACACACACACACACACACACACACACACACUCCUCUCUGCACUCCUCUCAGGUAUUUCCCCCAGCAGGAAGCAGUGCUGUUUGUUCCUGUGACAUUAGAACCCUGAGCAGUGUAUGGUUACCAUGGAGAUGACUGUGUAGGGAUGUGUGGAUGUAUAUAAAGAACCUGCUGAGUAAGGCAGAUGGCCAGCCGAACGGAAGGGUCUGGAAUAUACAUUUUGACUGCAAAAAUAUAUAUAUGAUCAAUAUUGACAUUGACCGUUAUUAUCAUUACCUAGAGUGCUGCUGACAAGGCUUUCCAGAAUGACACCGGAAGUUAUCAAAUACUGAAGUUUUCAAAAUAAAGCAACUUAGAGCAACCAUUUUGUCUUGAAGGUGUUUUAGAGGCUCUCGGGGCUGUGUCUGUGGGUGAGAGGACUCAGAGUGGCACAGAACCAAUGACGUCUUGUAUAAAGGUUGAGUGACAGCUUUGUGACAGGAGUGUCUGACCUGUGUGUCUUAUGAGGGCUUUUGAUAGUUCCUGUGGCUCCCCAACACCACUAACCUCUCUCUUUCCUGCUCACUCUCUUUCUCUCACUCUCUCUCUCUCUUUCUCUUCCUCUCUCUGAUACGGUCAGCCUAGUGAGGCUUUUUAUGACUUAACCCCACUCAGUGCAUUCCCCUCCAAUCUCCUUAUUUUCCCUCUUUCUCUUCUUCUCCCUUGCUCACCCCUUGCUCACCCCUUGCUCAUCCCUUGCUCAUCGCAUGCUCUUUGGUCUCCCCUCUCUGUUUUCCUCUCUGUCUCCCUUUUUCUCCCACUCUCACUUCCUCUGUCUUUUCUCUCCCUCUCGUUUCUCUCUUUCUUGUGCUCACUCUCCCUUUUUCUCCCCUUCUCUAUGUUACCUCUCUCUCUCUCUUUCGACAGGCUCUGCUCAUAGACUCAUAUGGAACAGUACCUGAGGGAGAACAAAUGAGAGAUUCAGUUUCAGCCUGAUGAUGCCACUUAGCCAUUAACUAUCUGCAGCAAACAUGUAACCUCCACGCUGAACAGAAGCCUCCCCUGCUUCCCUCUACCAUUCAUGUCCAACCCCCUCCCGUCCUCCCUCCCUCCAUCUCUCCCUCUCUCUCUGUGUCUCUCAUGCACUCACUUACACACACUCUCGGCUCGCAGAGAAUGAGAGGAUAAACGCACAGACAGGAAGGACUGACCCGAGAGAGUUAGAGUGAGAGACAGAGGCUAGAGAGAGAGAGAGAGAGCAAGAGAGCAAGGGGGAGAGGAACAGAGAGAGUGAGAGAGACUAUCCAGCAUUCAGUCUUUAUGCUUUCAGCGAGAGGAGAGAGAAAAACUACAGAGCCAUACUACUGCAAUCUCCCUGACUGCUGAGAUAUUGGAACUCCUUCACUUUUAUUUGUUAACUUUUUUCACAAGCUUUCCUUAUUUUUUAAGAUUACAAUUAUUUGUUAAUUCUGAUGCGGAGGACCUGGCUGUUACUUUUUCUUGGGUUCUCUGGGAUAUUUCUCACGACACUCUGCCCUCUGGUCUCCACACUGUGGACCAGAGACCUCUCUGCCCCUGCUGUGCCCCUGACAAGGCAUUGUCGAACAGCUGCUUGUCGUUUGGGCAAUUGGUUGAUUGUCGUCAGGGCUGGGUUGUUGCUUCUUCAUCUUUGCGGGGAAUGACCCUAGGAGGCGUGGGAUUGGUUGCACUCCAGGGACGCUCCUGAAAAGACUGCGGAGGGGACUCAAGGCGCUGUGGCCCCACGGAACUGAGCGUGCCGCCCCUCCCCCUCAUCAACCCCAAGACACCCCAUUUCACUGCAGCAUGGAUCUCCCCCCAUUUAGAGGUCUCUCUGAUGUGCCGUGAGAGGUGUGACUCCCCCGUCCCUGCCCCAGUCCUGACCCCAUCCCCCUCCCUCGUGCCCCUCCUUCAAGGAUGGACCCUCCCCCGGGUCGUGGCCCUGCCCCAGUCAGGAUGGACCUGGAUGGUCUGGACCUCCAGCAGGUGCCUGUCCUCUCCCUGGACCAGAUUCGCUCCAUCCGGGCCAGCAAUGACUAUGUGGAACGCCCCGUUGCCCUGGACCACACCUCACAUUCUGGCUUCUUUUACGCCCACGACGACCGCUACCCCAUCACCCAUGGGUACCCCCCUCAAGGUUACCUUCAUGGUUACUCUCAGGGGUACCCGUCCCACGCCCCUCUCCCCCGGAGCCAGAGCCAGCAGCAACAUGCCCACCUGACCCAUCUGAGUCGCUCCAGUACAGCCAGCUCAGCCAUGUCCCGGACCAGCGCUGCCUCCGACCAGAGACUCCUGGCGGGUCUGACGCCCUCCCACUCUGGCCUGGCCUCAGUGGUGCGCUCUCAGCCUAAAGGAGAACUCAAGCCUGAGGCUUCCCUAGGUAAAGGCCUGGAGGAGGGAGAGGACCUGGGCUUGCACCUGUUUAUCUGUGAGCGCUGUGGGAGGUGUAAGUGUCAGGAGUGCUGCGCUCCGCGGAGCCUGCCGUCCUACUGGGUCUGUAGGCAGCGCUGCCUCUGCUCUGCUCAGAGUGCUGUGGAGUACGGCACCUGUCUGUGCUGCGUUAAGGGCCUGUUCUACCACUGCUCCGCUCAGGAUGACGAGGACAACUGUGCCGACCGGCCCUGUGCUUGCACGCCCGCCCACGCCUGCGCUCGCUGGGGUACCAUUGGCCUUCUGGCGCUGUGCCUGCCCUGUCUCUGCUGCUACCCACCUGCCAGACUGUGCCUCGCCCUGUGCCAGCAGGCCCACGACCGAGCCACCCGCCCUGGCUGCCGCUGCAGCAACACCAACACCGUGUGCCGCAAGAUCUCCACCUCCAACCCCAACCCCGGGCAUGCCCCCUUCCGCAGCAAGUCCCUGGAGAAGCCUGUAUGACAGUGGUGCACCUGGAGUCAGUCGUCGCCUGGACAACGCAGUCUUUGACAACAUUGCCAUGACAAUGCAAUCGCCCCGCCCAGCCCGUCGUGAUCUACCUACCGUGACCUUUCACCUUACGUACUUUCCAUACUUCUUCUUUUCCUCCUGCCUGAAGAGAAAUGACCAAACGCCUUACUGUACUUUACUGUAACUGUAUUGUACGUGUGGAGACUCGAGCCGAAACCUGAAACCGCCUGGUGCUUUUUGCUGAACUGACUGCCAAACUUAACCUUACUGUGUUACUGUGUGGGCAUACUGUCUCUACCUUUCCCUUACUGUGUUACUGUGUGGGCAUAUGUCUUUACCUUUCCCUUACUGUGUGGGCAUACUGUCUCUACCUUUCCCUUACUGUGUUACUGUGUGGGCAUACUGUCUCUACCUUUCCCUUACUGUGUGGGCAUAUGUCUCUACCUUCCCCUUACUGUGUGGGCAUACUGUCUCUACCUUUCCCUUACUGUGUGGGCAUACUGUCUCUACCUUUCCCUUACUGUGUGGGCAUACUGUCUCUACCUUUCCCUUACUGUGUGGGCAUGCAGUCUCUACCUUCCCCUUACUGUGUGGGCAUGCAGUCUCUACCUCCCCCUUACUGUGUGGGCAUAUGUCUCUACCUUUCCCUUACUGUGUGGGCAUACUGUCUCUACCUUCCCCUUACUGUGUGGGCAUGCAGUCUCUACCUUCCCCUUACUGUAUGGGCAUACUGUCUCUACCUUCCCCUUACUGUGUGGGCAUGCAGUCUCUACCUUCCCCUUACUGUGUGGGCAUACUGUCUCUACCUUUCCCUUACUGUGUGGGCAUACUGUCUCUACCUUCCCCUUACUGUGUGGGCAUGCAGUCUCUACCUUCCCCUUACUGUGUGGGCAUACUGUCUCUACCUUUCCCUUACUGUGUGUGCAUGCAGUCUCUACCUUCCCCUUACUGUGUGGGCAUACUGUCUCUACCUUUCCCUUACUGUGUGCAUGCAGUCUCUACCUUCCCCUUACUGUGUGGGCAUACUGUCUCUACCUUCCCCUUAGUGUGUGUGCAUGCAGUCUCUACCUUCCCCUUACUGUGUGGGCAUACUGUCUCUACCUUCCCCUUACUGUGUGGGCAUGCAGUCUCUACCUCCCCCUUACUGUGUGGGCAUACUGUCUCUAGCUUUCCCUUACUGUGUGGGCAUGCAGUCUCUACCUUCCCCUUACUGUGUGGGCAUACUGUCUCUACCUUUCCCUUACUGUGUGGGCAUACUGUCUCUACCUUCCCCUUACUGUGUGGGCCACUCUACUGUAGAUAGUACUGUGGCUAUUCUCUGUGUGCACCUGCCUGGCCGACCAGACCGUAACUCAACAGACCAACCUCACUGUGCUGUGUGAUGGGCUGGGGUUUGCUCUGUUAGACUUGACCUAUUUAUUUAUUGGACUUCCUCUUCAGUGAGGUAGAGCGAUAGAGAGAGACAUAGGUAGAGAGGUAGAGAGAGAGUGAGGUAGAGAGGUAGACAGAGAGUGAGGUAGAGAGAGAGAGAGACAUAGGUAGAGAGAGAGUGAGGUAGAGAGAUAGAGAGAGCGGACCAUGUGUUACAUGUGAGUACAGUGAGCGAGCUACUAGUACAAAUCCUAACACAGCCAUUAAAUAAAAGGGGUCUCUAGCAAAUGUGUAUUCCAGGCAUGACAGAGACAGGGUGGUCUACAAGGAGUCUACAGGUGUGGGCCUCCUUCCCUCCCCUCCCUCUCUGAAGAGGCAUCCUGGAGCCGACAGACUGAAUGGACAUACAAGAUGUGGCAACGAGCGGCCAUGGCAGACAUUUUGUCUAAGGCUGAUGCAAAGACCCUUUCCUAAAGGUGGAAUAAAAACACAAACUCUGAAACACAAACAUGUAUUACUGUUUGACACACCAAAAAGGGACCAUGAUGUACCCGGAGAAUCUAAAGUGAUUAAGCUCAUUUAAUAUGGAAAGCACUGUGAGAUAUAGAGGUGAAUCGUCUGUAGUGUUGCCCAGCUGUCUAACUAACAGACUAACCUGGGGGGCCUCCCUUAUGACCAGGCAGUGUGUGUGUGUGUGUGCGCGAGUGUGUGUGUGUGUGUGUGUGUGUGUGUGUGUGUGUGUUUGUGUGUGUGUGUGUGUGUGUGUGUGUGUGUGCGUGCUUGCACGAGCAUGUGUAUGUGCACAAAUCUUUGUGUGUAAGUGUGUGUUCUUACCUGUGUAUGUACAGUAUACACUAUAUAUAUACAAAAGUAUGUGGACAACACUUCAAAUAUGUGGAUUUGGCUAUUUCAGGCACACCCGUUGCUGACAGGUGUAUAAAAUGGAGCACACAGCCAUGCAAUUUCCAUAGAGAAACAUUGGCAGUAGAAUGGCCUUACUGAAGAGCUCAGUGACUUUCAACAUGGCACUGUCAUUGGAUGCCACCUUUCCAACAUGCCAGUUUGUAACAUUUUUGCCCAACUACAGCUGCCCCGGUCAACUGUAAGUCCUGUUAUUGUGAAGUGGAAAAGUAGGAGCAACAACGGCUCAGCCGCAAAGUGGUAGGCCACACAAGCUCACAGAACAGGACCGCCAAGUGCUGAAGCAUGUAGUGCAUAAAAAAGUGUCUGUCCUCGGUUGCAACACUCACUACCGAGUUCCAAACUGCUUCUGGAAGAAACAUCAGCACAAGAACUGUUUGUUAGGAACUUAUGAAGUGGGUUUCCAUGGCUGAGCAGCCGCACACAAGCCUAAGAUCACCAUGCGCAAUGCCAAGCGUUGAUUGGAGUGGUGUAAAGCUUGCCGCCAUUGGACUCUGGAACAGUGGAAACGCGUUCUCUGGAGUGAUGAAUCACGCUUCUCAUCUGUCAGUCUGAUGGACGAAUGUGGUUUGGCGCAUUCCAGGAGAAUGCUACCUGUCCCAAUGCAUAGUGCCAACUGUAAAGUUUGGUAGAGGAGGAAUAAUGGUCUGGGGCUGAUUUUCAUGGUUUGAGCUAGGCCCCUUAACAAUGACAUUCUAUACAAUGACAUUCUAGAUGAUUCUGUGCUUCCAACUUUGUGGCAACAGUUUGGGGAAGGUCCUUUCCUGGUUCAGCAUGACAAUGCCCUCCAUACACAAAGCGAGGUCCAUACAUAAAUGGUUUGUCGAGAUCGUGUGGAAGAACUUGACUGGCCUGCACAGAGCCCUGACCUCAACCCCAAUGAACACCUUUGGUAUUAAUUAAAAUUCCGACUGCUAGCCAGGCCUAAUCACCCAACUUCAGUACCCGACCUCACUAAUGCUCUUGUGUCUGAAUGGAAGGAAGCCCCUGCAGCAACAUUCCAAUAUCUAUUGGAAAACCUUCCCAGAAGAGUGGAGGUUGUUAUAGCAGCAAAUGGGGGACCAUCUCCAUAUUAAUGCCCAUGAUUUUGGAAUGAAAUGUUCGACGAGCAGGUGGUCACAUACUUUUGGUCAUGUAGUGUAUAUGUGAGUAUGUGUGUGUGGGUGUCAUGUCCCCUCCUGUGUUAGUGUGUGUCGGGCCUGUGUAUGUUUGCUGUCAUCAGAAGCCUCCUGUUAUAUUUUUAGGUUUCCUCUCCGCGGCAGGCUGACGCCAGACUUCCCUGACCCCUCACCGCCUGUCUCUCCCCUCCUCACCUCCCCUGCCUGUACCCAUCCCUCAGCCUCCCCUAACCCAUUCCUUCCUCCCCUCUCCUCUAUUCCUCCCUCCAUCCUGAUAGCGUUGCUGUCUACCGUGCACCAAAGAGAUGGAGCUACCCUAAAUUCCCAAUACAGAGGGAUAUCAUAGGGCAUGGACAGUAAGCCAGCUAAGGCUUAGGAAAGGGAGCCAGAUAAGAAAUGUUACCUCCGUUAUAGAUCCUUACCACUGCGUCCACAACACAUUAUGCAUUUUGCAUGGUCAGGGCUUUCCUCUUCUUGACAGAUUCCUCUGGCCAGUUUGAUCAACCUCAGGCGAGUCCUCCCCCCGACCCCACUGGGGGGUGGAGGGGGGCUAGCUAACACCUUCCAGCAUCACAUCUUAGCACCCCUUCCCUCCCAGUUACAUUCCUACUAACUGUAUGGACUAAGUAAAGGUGUCAGUGUGCUUCAGGUUGGCAGUUCAGCAGGUCAAACUGAACAAGUGCGCUCACAUACUCUAUUAGAAGACCAUCACUUGAUAAAUGAGAAAGAAGCAGCAAUAGUACUGGUUGUCCGUUCUGAGACGCUGUAGCCAGAAUACACUUCCUAAAAAUAGUCAGAUAACUCAAGGAAUUUGUCAUUAAUGUUGAGAUCUUAGUUGCUCAAUUUUACAUCUAACUAAGAUGUUAGGUGCAGUAUUUGUCCAGCGAAAAAAUUUGAAUGAAAACUAUUCGUCUCACGUUGAAUGACCACAAACAAUCCUUACUGUUGUCCAAUCACCAAUGAAGAGGCCUAGACUUCGGGUACCGAUUUCUGCUUGUCUUGAGAAAAAGUUUGGUGUGCCCGAACAACCAAAAACACCCUUGCCGAAGACCAAAACGAACAAAAACAUAAAAAAAAUGUUGUCAUAAUAUAUGCAGUCACUAUUCCAAACUGUUUCGGCUGGAAAGCAUGCAGACGCUUAAUAGGUUCCAGUCCUCCUUCUCUGAGAGUUGAUCUCUGAGAGGAGGCAAUUAGCUGUAUGAUAGCUUCUAAUGGGGAAGGAGGGAGGGAUGGAGGUGAAUGGAGGAAAGUAGAGUGUGGGAGAGAGCUGUGGAAGUGGAGAAGGGAGGAAAGGAAAAGGAAGGGAAGGAGGAGGUUGUGGACAGGGUGACUGUCCGUUAGAAGGACUGAUGUUGGAGUGAGUGAAGCUGUGGGAGUGAGGUCAUACCAUUCCAACACUGGGAGAUGAAGAACAGGCGAGGAGAGAUGGAGGGACUGAGGGACUCAGUCUGGGGGGGGGGUCUGGUUGUCUUCUGUACUGAUAUUCAAACCGGAUGUGAAAAGUAACACGCUGUGUCAAGCGCGUGUGUGUGUGUGAUUGUAUGUGCGUGCACGUGUGUGCUUGUAUUCACCUAUGAACACACACACUCAUCCUAUUUGUUGAAGUUACUUUGCUAUAUUUUUAUAUGUACAUACAGACUGUUAUUGUAUACAUGUAUGUAUUGUAUUCCCCUUUUUAUUAUGAUUGAUGUUGCUAUGAUUAUUUUCUAUUAUAGUGAACAUUUACCUUGAGUCACAGACCUGGUCAAUACUUCUAACAAUUCUUCUAGAGGUUUUGCACUGUGGAGGAGAAGUUCAUUUACUAUGUGCCACACCUUUUAUGAUGUACCUCAACUUCACUAUUUGCUCCGUGAUUCAUUUCACAAAUACACACGCACAAACACAAAUACACACACAAACACAAAUACACACCCAUACACUUCAUGGCCAAUGUGUAAGGCCCAGGUGUAUGUCCUCUCCUCUACAGUCCUUCCCCUGAAGAGCUCUAUCUCCCAGGUGGCCAGGUGUUGAGGGGAAGGGCUCCGUGUGUAGGUAGGUACUGUACUAUACAUGCAUUUCUGCAGAAUAACAACCAACCAACCCUCUCGGGUGCUGUAUGCAGGCUACAAGUUAACCACUAAACUUCCCCAUGUUGUAUUAGUAAGUAUUGCUUUGGUACAAUUGGCAUCUUGUAUGUUGUAAAAUCAUUUAAGGAGAAUAUAUGGACAUAUAUAUAUAUAUACAUAUAUAUAUAUAUAUAUAUAUAUAUAUAUAUAUAUAUAGAGAGAAAUCUAUCUAAAUGAAUAUAUUAUAUAUAUUAAAUAUACAUUUCACACUUAUUUUUUUCCGUUGCUGAUAUUACCGAUGCGUCACAGAUAUUUAUUUAAUGGUUGCGAUGAGAGAAAAGUAUUUAUUUGACUGCGGAAGUUGCGAGGAUGAUAUUUUAGGCUUUUUGGUUUGGUUUCUCUUGGAGUAGUGUGGCGGCUGCAGCCCUCAUGGCUAAAGAUAACCAAUAAAAGGUGUUUCCAAACGG